CGGGAAACAAGAUGGUUUGCGCGCACGAGUGAGCACAAUUGCGGCACAGAGAUGGGUAGGUCGUGUUUCUAUAUAGGUGAUCCCACCGCUUGUGAGGUCCUUUACGUUUCCUCGAUCCCUCUUCACUCUGCGCUCUUCCAUUCGUGCUCGGAUCCUUGACUUGGACCUCAAACUCUUUGUUCAUACCAGUAAUCUUAAUACACCUGAUCAAGCACAACAUCAUGCGUACUUCCAGCAUCACCAUGGCCUUCGCUGCUGUCGGCCUUGCUGCCGCUCAAAGCAGUACCACUUCCGCUGUCGCCUCGACCACCUCUGUAUGCGCUGCUCAGAGCGUCCUCAACGUCUGCGUUUCUCAACAGCAGGCAAGCACCUCGCAAUGCGCCGGCAACGACUACGACUGCCUUUGCACCGGCUACACCAACCUCUCCGUCUGCUACAACAACUGCCCCAACGACCCUGGCGCCUACAACGCCUCGCAGUUCAAGACCCAGUACUGCAACGCUGCUAGCGUGUGAGUAAAUCACAUAUCCAUAACCUCGGAGCACUGUUUGCUGAUUGAAGUGAUAGUUACGGAUCUUCUGCCCUACAGUCCCAAUCAGCAGCCACGGCUUCAUCCUCGGGAGCAUCUUCGUCUGCUUCCUCCAGGGCUUCUUCGACCGCCGCGUCCGUCUCUUCGGCACUCUCGUCUGCUUCUUCAGCAGCCUCUCGUAGCGCAUCUGCUGCUAGCUCCACUGUCGCUACUCAGACUGGUGCCGCUGCCGCCAAUGUGGCCAUGCCUGCUGCUGGCGUUCUCGGAAUGGUUGUCGGAGCUGCUGCAUUCCUGUAAAGCGAUGACGAGAUAUUCGAGUUGACGAUGCUUCCGAUUGAUGGUUAUGGGCUUUCACUUCUCGCUUUUUCGCUUUACCUGGCUGUGUUGUACAGCGAUGUAUCCUUUGCAAUUACGUAGCGCGGAGUAACGUGUGUUUCAAUUUGCUCUUCUG